UGUUCGAUUAGAAAAAUGCGUCUGUUUGUGGCUCUGGUUUGUGUCAGUUUGCUGGCAGUUUCAUCCGCCCAGUUGUCCCUUCGCGGACGAUUGGGUCGCUCCGCCAAUCUGAACUUGGCCGUGGAGCAGCCUUCUCUGCUGGCAAAGACUGCCGGAAUCGUUCCUUCCGUGCUGGUGAAGAAUGCCGGAGUUGUUCCCUCCGUGCUGGUAAAGAAUGCCGGAGUUGUUCCCUCCGUGCUGGUGAAGAAUGCCGCCGGAAUUCUGCCAUCUGUCGAUGUUGCUGCCGAUGUUCAAACUCCGAGCAUCCUGCCUCAAGUUGCCUCGGCCAACAUCUUGCCCUAUUACCCCGGCUACUGGCCUGACUAUGGAUCUUACGGAUCUUAUGGAUCUUCUGGAUCUGGCGGCUGGUAUCCCGGUGGUUGGAAUGCUCCCAACUAUUGGAACAACAACUACUACGACUAUGGAACUCCUUACUUGGCCCGUCGUCGCUUUGUUAAGCCCGUCGUGACCCCCGCCGUGAUCCCCGCCGUUAUCCCUGCAGAAUCGUCCUCGUCCUCCACCACCACAACCACCACUACCACCUCUGGUGAUAACUCCAGUGAUGAUUCCACCACUGUCGAGGCAGCCGUUGUUCCCGAACAGGCCGCUGAGCCCGUGUUCACCACCCAGGUGAUCUAAGGAUUAAAAAUUAAUAAAAAAAGUUAUGUACAUAUUGAGCAAAAA